AGGCAAUCAACCAUGAAAAAUGAGCAAAGUACCAUAUCUUUGUUCGCCGAGGAUAUCCUCAGGGAUUACGGCUCGUUCAUGGAGGAGCACGAUAGCGCUAUGAAAUCAUUAAAGAAUGAAAUGCUUAGCUUAAAUGCGGUCGAGCCUGUGACGGUGGUGGCCAUGACAUCCCCAAUAGAACUCAAUUACGGCAGCGGUGCCAAUGCCAGAUUCUGUGACACGAGUGUGGAGGAAUCCGAACUGGUGGCCAAUAAGCCAUUAAAAACCCUAGCCAAUCUGUGCAAUCAAUGUCGGGAUCUGUCCCUAACGGCCAAGCAGUAUCAGUUGGCAUUUCUCUUCAACGACUCUCAACUGGGCGACGGCCGACUGCCCACAGUAUCCGACACAGCCGGACUGGAACGAUGCCUCCACCGCAUGAGCAACGCCAUAGAUUUCUUUUGUCAGGUGUACUUUCUGCUCAAACGCAUUAUUGUGAUGGUUCAGACUCUUUGGAAACAGAUCAGUGCAUCUGGUGGCAUGCCACUGGAAAUCAGCGAAGUACACUUGUUUACUGUCUUUGACGCCAUGACUGAACUACUUGAAGAUUUGGUCGUUUUUAAUGAAAUUUCGGAUCAAUUAAAGAUUGCGGCCAAGUGGACGUUGUACAAAAAGUGGCUAGCGGCGCUGUCAAACAGCAAACAGACCUCUGACCAAUGCAGCAGCAUGGAGUUGAAUGGACUGUUGAGCUCUCUCGAUGAUAUAGAGACUGUGAUUACGGGCAAUCUAUUUGGCAUCCUACUGAACAGCCUGCUGGAGCUGAAAAAACAAUUCACCCUUAAGGACAUCAAUCAUAUUAAUCAACAUUCCAAUGCAUAUAUUCGUAAAAUAAUGCUUGAAAUUGAGGCAAACCAUGGCAACGACUACAAGAACUACGAGGACCCCAAGAAUGUGAUACGCCUCACAGCCUUUGUGGCAGUGCUCCAUGAGCUGGGCAUUCAGAUGGAGGGAAAGCUGAUAAAGAGUGUCUUGGAUGUGGCAAGCAGGCAUAAAAGAUUGGCCCUCAAUCAGAGUGUUUGCUGGUCGCCCUCUGCCUUUUUGGCCAGGCAUGCCAAGACGCUGAUAAAGACACCCCCCCAAGCGAAGCCGCAAGAUAACCACAAGUCCCAUCACGCGCUCAUGGAGAAGAUCAAGCUGAGCGACCAGAAAAAGUGCCGUCAUCUGGGCACACAGAUCUGCCUGUGGACGAUCCACGUACAGAGGGUGUUUGCUGCCGGUGUCUUUGGUAAGCUGCAAACCUUCUCGCAGCUCAUACUCAGGGGCCAAUCGUAUGCGGAUCAAGUAAAUCUAAUGAUGGACUCACUAAUCAAUCGCCAUGUGGCCCUAACGACUCCAUUGUCAAAGUCCGAGUGGUUCACUGUGUGCCGUCUGCUGCAGUAUUUAAGAGUUCUCCAAAAGACCUUCGAAUCGAACCAAAUCAAUGUGAUGCGGCUCAUAAAUUCCCUCGUCCAAUGGCAGAAACAGAAGGUCUUCCAUCUGCUGUUGAGCACAAAGAGGAAGAUCGUGGAUUUGAAGCUACUGCAACGAAAAAUGAACAUUCUUUCAACGAUUAAGCUGGCCGAGAGAUCCAUCUUGGGGUUUCCCAGCAAAAAACGAUUGACCUUUGUGAAUCUGGCCCUUAGCGAGUUCUUGGAGAAGGAUCGCCUGCUGCCGGCCGACAUGCAAAGGCAAUUUCAAUCGAUAUUGUUGCGCAUCAACAAUCUCAGCGAUUUUCAGCGAAACAUCAAGGGACAGCUUGAUUCGACCAGUCUCAUGUAUAAUUACUGUUUUAUUAGCACCUCCCUGCUCAAGGAGUACACAGAGCAGCAGCGUAAUCCUUACAGCCUACAGAAUAUAAUUGCAGUGACAAAUCAACUGGACAAGACCCUGGGGAUAUUCGGGCGUGAUGGUAGCUCCAAGCAAUCGGCCUGUGACCUGGCCAAUGAGUUUCUCAAGACCCAUCUGGAGUUUUUUUUGCGUGUGGAGGCCUUGUCGCAUCUGUUUUUGAACCAGGAUCAACCGUUCCAAACGAAUCUACUGGACUAUCGCAGCUGUGUAAAUGUUGAAGCUAUGGAAUUCCAAGGGGACUACAGCGUAAUGAGAGAUAAUCUUGAGAACUAUUUCACUGAAACAUUCUACAAUUUAACAACCAUCGCACCGCACGACUGGAAAACAUACGAGAAGAUGCGCCACUUUGCCGACAAAGUCCUGCAAUUGAGUCCCAUCGAUGAUCAUUUGCCCAACCAGAUCAUCGACCAAGGCAUUGAUGUACUGCAGAUCAUGCGUAAUAUCCAUACAUUCGCCUCCUCGUAUGCCUACAACAUGAAUCUGCAGAUCUUUGUGGAGAUGCAGAGCAAGAGCAAGCAUUUGGAUAUCAUUGGCACCCGUCAUGUGGCGAAUUCAGUGCAAACGCAUGGCACUGGCAUCAUCAAUACCACCGUGAACUUUAUCUAUCAGUUUCUGCGCCAGAAGUUCUACACGUUCUCCACAUUCCUGCACGACGAACAGAUCAAGUCGCGUCUGUUGAAGGAGCUGCGCUAUCACUCGGAUCACAAGCAUACCAACGAAUCAUAUCCGUAUGAGCGGGCGGACACCUUGCUCAAGAAGAUCAAAAAGCUGGGUCUCUCCGGCAACGGCGAGACCUACAUGGAUCUGUUCAGAAAGGUGAUAACACAAGUUGGAAAUUCUGUUGGAUAUGUGCGCCUCUUGCAGGCGGGCAGCAAGAGUGCCAACUAUAAAAGUCGCUCGUACAUGUCCAGAUUCCAUAGUAGCCUCGUUUGCGGUGGCAACAAAACCCUGCACGAGACCACCGAAUCCGCCAUUAAGGAGUACGAGAAGAGUGUGGGUCAUAUGAAGAAGUGCUACUCGGACAGCACCAACUACUUUAAGCUGCUUUUGCAAGGCUUUCAGCCGUUUCUGUGCAAUCCAAACAAUCACCAUUUGAAGACAUUUUACCUGAUUGCCCCGGCCCUCAUAAUGAACUACAUCGACUACCGGGUCAAGGAGAAGCUGAAAAUCCAUAAGAAAGAUCUGGCCAAGUUCUCGCUCUUUGAGGAUGGCUUUGCCAUUGGCCUUAUAUACAUACUGACGAUGCUCAAUCAGCUGGGGGAGUUCCACGAGUUGGGCUGGAGCCAGACGACCAAACAGCAAAUGGAAUUGGAGCGUUCCAAGGUUCGUGACAUACUGGCGGGCCAACAGUCAACGGAUCCGGUCGAUGAGAAGCUACUCCAGACGGUGGCCAUCACCGAGAGGCAUGUGAAUGCCUACGAGCAUGAGUACAAUUUACUUUAUGCUACACUGAGCAGUGCCGAAAUAUUCUUUCAAUAAAAGUUGUUACUGUUAAA